AUGCCCGACGCGACGACACUACGGGCGAGCCGGCCCCUCUCCGAGAUAUCAGAUCAUGAUAACCGGCGGCGGUCGUCUGCGCGUCAAUCUCUCCACUCGGUCAAGGGGGAGAAGUCGCGUCCUAAUUCAGAGGUCAAGGAUGAUGGACGGCGGCUCUCGGCCCAUAUCGCCACCCUCACCCUUAACCUAAACGACUAUGCCUCGGUCGCUAAACGCCCACCAUCUGGAGUCUCGAGCAAGUCCCGGGACAGCCUCAUCUCACCUGCGACAACGGCCGGACCGAGCGUCAACAGGACGUCUGCAAAGCCUGAACGACCAGUGUCGUAUCGGACGACAUCUGUUUCUUCCAUCAAGGAGGCACAGAAGGAGGACGCAGCUACGCGGGAUACAAAGGAGGGACAUCCUUUACUGGUGGCCAAACGGGCAUCCUUACGCCCCUCACCCCUCGGUGCGACGUAUGCGGAUGUCGCAAAAUCCGAACCUCCCACCCCCUCCGUCGACCAGCAACCCAAUCCCAUCCCCAACGAGAGCGUCAUCUCUCUCGCAACCAGCUCUGCCCGCUCGUCAUUCGACUCUAGCGCAAAGCCAAACCCAAAGUCCAAGCCAAGUUGGCUGAGACGAGCAUCGGGAACGGUAACCCUACGCUCGAAAUCGAAAUCACCGGUACCGGCGGAGGAGCUCUCAGCACCGCCACCCGUGCUUCCACCAGAGCUCCCACCUCGGCGCACGGCUAUUGCGAAUGCUAGCGAGGGGCGUUUGGCAGGGUCAAGCAAACCCCCUGACCACCCUAGCAAGACAUCUUAUGCUAGCAUCGCCGCAGCGGCGGGCCCAUCUCGCAGCCGCCUAGGCGAAGGGGCUGGCCGGCCAGCGUACUCCCCUCCCAUAUCUACUCAGCCAACUCGGGACAAUUUCAACAUCCGUGGUCGGAUCUCAGCGUGGACAUCGGUCUCUCAGCAAUCCUCCCUUCAGCGGUCAGACUCUAGCAAUACCAUCGCCACCGCCGCAUCUUCCGCUUUCUCCACCGCGCAGCAGCGUUUACCAUCCUCGGCGCAGCGGAUGAUCGGGUCAGCGGGCUCGGCCGUACAGAAGGGGUGGGCGGGUCUGCGGGCGAGAGGCAUGGGCGGAAGCAUCAGCGGACUAUCGUCUAUCGCUGCGGGAGAGGGAUCUGGGAGUCGGCUAGAACCGCCCAAAGUCUCGCGCAAGUCAAGCCGGGACAGGAGCGUCUCUGCGCAAGCAUCUAUGGGGAGCUCGGUGGACGGACCGGUUCUUCACCCGUCAGCAAUCCUGCGACCCGCCGCGCCGGGAUUUGGAAAGGUGUUUGGGCGGGAUAUCACCGAGGCUGCAAAGGCGUGUGGAGUUGUCGAGUCUGCGCGAGAUGUGGAGGGAAUGGACCCUCGAGAAAAGCGGAGAAGAGAGUGCUUGCCCGCUGUAGUGAUCCGCGCCGUCGAUUAUCUGGAGAUAUGGGGGCCGAAGGAGGAGGGGAUCUUCCGUAUAAGCGGAAGAAGCAGUCAUCUCAAUCGACUAAGGAAAGAGUUUGAUGCAGGUGCCGAUAUAGACAUGUCUGAUUGUCAUCCCGGAGACCUGGACCCCCACGCCGUAUCUGGCCUCUUCAAAUCCUACUUGCGAGAACUUCCUUCACCGCUCCUCACCAAAGACCUCUGUCCUCGCUUUGAAGCCGCCGUUCGCUCAGCACCACCCUCUCACACCGUCGAUCUCAAUGCGGAACCAGACGACCUCUCCACCCUCCUUCCCCUGCUACCAGCCGCAAACUGGUUCCUCCUCGCCGAUAUCGUCAAACUCCUCCACCUCAUCCCCAGCCAUUCCGCCACCAAUCGCAUGACGCUCAAUGCGCUCAUGCUCUCUCUCGGACCUUCGCUCAAUGUCCCCGGAACUGUCCUGACCGAUCUCCUAGACCGGCGGGUCGAGCUCUUCUCCGCGCCUCCCCCUAUUUCAGCCAGGCAGACCGCCUACGAGCUCAUCGACUUUGGCGAUACCCCCGUGGUCCUCGCUACUGCCGAAGACAUCUCCCGUUCGGCGUCACCGGUAUCCAGACAUACCGCCGAACCGGUUUCCGCCCCUGUCGCUGACAAACCAAAGAAGCUGAACCUUCUGCCGAAGAAGCCAAGUCUCUCUCGGCUGUUCAGCUCCCCAUCCCCAGUGCCGGCCCGGCAGGAUGGCGCAGCUUCCCCAUCGCUCGUCCAGCCUUCACCGCCUCGAGUGGAGCUGCGGACAGACUCCCCUCGUCUGCCCUCUUUCGAGAGCGAGGCCGAGCGGGAGCCGGAGGUCCUCCAAGAGAAGUAUCUGGCAACGGAGCCCACAGAGCCAUCAACGGCGGAAUCACCCUACCGCACUGGAACGGUCGAGGAGCGCGCAAAGGUCUUCACACCCUCCACUUCCACUCCUAUCGCAGACCUCUACUCUGGCUCGUCCAACAAAUUGCCCUCGCGCUCUGGCAAGUCAUCGAACGGAUCGGUCAACUCGUCCGCGUCGGUACCGUCGUUGACCUUUGGGCCUACGCUACCGGGUUCGGCGCCAGACUCCUCCCCCACCAACCCGGCGUCAUUCAACCGCGCGCAUGGCCCGUCCAUCUUCUUCCAGUCAGGCAGUACCGGUCGGCACGUGCGCACAUCGAGUGCUCACAGCUCGAUAGGCGCUGGGGUGAAGCGGUCGGAGACGGAGGAGGCGGGGGACGAGGGGCGAGUGAAGCGGUUGAGCACGGGUCCGAACGUGCGGGACUCGGUGCGGAGCAUGGAGAUGAUGACAUGA